GUGGAUAAUAUUUUCAGGGUAUGCCAGAAUCCUGGACACACCUGUUACAAACUUCAAACAUUUCCAAGAAGGAACAGCAACAGAAUCCCCAGGUGCGUACUGUACAAAUUGGUUAAGACAAAAAGUGACGUUUCUUGUAAUAUAUAAACAACGAGAGCGAGUGUUUCACUGGGAUAUCCAAACAUGAGAAAACAAUGUAUGAAAACAUUUUCGUACAUUGUUUUUGAGUGUUUGGAUAUCCCGGUGAGACACGAGCUCGAGUUGUUUAUAUGGCUUCUCAAAUGAAUCGAGACGUAACAGAAUGUUUUCGUUUGCUGAUUUGAAUAGAAUUCUUAACCAAGCAUAACAUAAUUAGGAAUCUUAUUCAAGUAAUUUUGCAUGCAUAAUUAAGAUAUUUGAUGAAAAUACUAGUGACUUUCAUUAGAGGUGACCGAUGUUUAAAAAAAGCCGAUUACCGAUACCGAUUGUUUACAGCCGAUAUUUACCCACCAUCGGCCGAUUAAUCGGCAAAACCGAUGGUCAGCUUAUUUUUUUUACUAAUGUAUCCUCUCGUCAAAAGACUCAAAACAUGCAGAAACAGGAAGCAACAUUUUUAACACUGAUUCUGAAAUCCACAGCGUGCUACUCAUUGGUCAACGGAAGUUACGGAACACGAUAAUUUUAUUAAUAAAUCUUGCAGAAAUGCCAGAAAAGUGAGAAAACAACUAUGAAAAAAAUGCGGAAAUCGGUAAACAUAGUGUUUACACUUUCGUUUCGAUAAUUGUUUCCACACCAAAUAUUUGAAUUUCAUUUUUUUAUUACACCGCUGACCAUACAAAUGCCAAUGUUUUGCCGAUGAUCGGCUCACCUCUAACUUUCAUCAAGUUUCACCGGGUUAUCCAAAUCUUGUGAUCAAAUAGAUGAUUGUCAUUGGCUGAAUUGCUUCAUGAAUUAUUAAUGAUUUGAGAAAUAUAAGCUAAAAACAGUUGGAUAUAAUGGAGAUAAUUACAGUACAAUAAUCAAAACAUGCCAUUCAGAGCCAUUGGAAACAAAUUGUUAUUAGUGGAAGGGGCUCAACUAAGGGGAUCUGGGAGAAAAAUUGCCGAAGCCUUGGAAGAGCAUUUUCUGUGUUUCCUUAGAGGAUUUUUAUCAAAGUUGUGAAUUUAUUGCAUUUAAAAGUUCAAGAUUUUAUAAUGCACUUUAAGGCCCAUUUACACAAUAUGACUAGUUGUAUACGAUUGUCAUUCUGGAGUAUGAAAACGACUGCUGUUGCCAGUAUUUCUGUUCAUCAGUUUAUGGCAAAAUUUGAAUUAUGACAUUUUUACAUACAUUUAUUCGAGAAAAUAUGCCAGGAUAUGAAUUGUAUAUAACCAGUCAUAUCGUGUAGAUGGGCCUUUAUAACUUUUUACAACUUCAUCCAACCCCAGCCCCCUGCUUCGAAUGGUCCUGUACCACCGUUUUUAAUAUAAAAUAUCGCUGUAAUGUUCAUUUAUAAAAUAAUAUGGACAAUUGGACAGCUCAUGCAAACAUGUAUAAAGAAAGGCCAAACAAGUGCAAAGUAUAUUGUGGUAAAAACAUGGAAGGACAUUUACAGUUCACAGUUGCUUGCAAAUUAUGGUAGUAAUAUCAAGAGUAUACUACUUAUAUAUACUGUGCUUAUUUUGCAUCAUUGCAUACUGUAUAUUAUUGUAUAUUGCUCUCUAAUAUUCUGUCAAAAAGCUUUUAUGACAAGUACAUACUACAUGCAGUGAGCUGCUACUGUAUCUGGUUUUUUCUUGCAGAAUUUUGGUGAUAAAUAAAGUUGUUUUUUUUUCUGUAGGCAAUUUUAGAUGUUUUAAAUUUUUAUGAUAGCACCAACAAAGAAACAGACCCACCUGCAAAGUUUAUGCAAGUUUCCAAACCGUAUAGUAAGUUAAUAAAAUUUCUUAAAAAUAGGUACAGUAUAAUUUAUCAGUAGUUUACUGGAAAAAUCAAACAUUAGCUCCCUUGUUCUUUAUAUUUCUAUAUACCUUAUCUCCCAGAUCAUAGGAAUUGGAAGCCAGCAUUUCAAUUAUUAUCAUCAGAUUGCAGUCUUGGGGACGGAGAAGUAACAAUGAAUAAUAUGACUAACAUGCAUCUAGAAUUACUAGCAUUAAAAGGAUAUUUUCAAUUAUUUUCCAGUCUAUUUUAAAAUUCCUUUAAAAGUUCAUACAUGUAAUCGUACAGUAUAUGACCAUAAAAUUUAGCAGUUAAAUGAAGCAGUUAAAAAUUGAAAACAAAUAAUGUUGUAAACGUAAGUACAAGUAGAAUAUUACCAACAUCUAGAGUGAACAUCUAAAAGUGUUCUUUGGUGUUGUUGUUGUUGCUGUUUUAUUUUUACAAACAGCUCUGUAUACAUAACAAAAUCAUAUUACCUCGCCAAUCUCUUAAAAAGGAAUUAAAUAUGAUAUUAUUUAAACCUACAUGUUUUUUUAGACACCUCUUCAUAUUCCUCGUCGUCAUCAUCAUCUUCGACCUCAUCCUCGAGUACUGAUCAUAUUUCACCAGUCCAUGAUAAUGCUGCUAAACCUAAGUCCACUCGAAUUACUAAAUCACACUCAUUCAAGUCAAGACUUAAACUAAUUAAAACUGAAAGUAAAACUCAAAAAUUAAACGGACUUGAUAAAGCACUAAAUGGUAAUCAUCCACUAACUCCGAGUAAAUCACUACCUGAUGUUGUGCGAAAUAAUACUAGGAAAUGUAAAACUCCAACGCCAGGUAAACAGAUGACACAUCCAUAUUCUCGGCCUCGUACUGGCUCUCUUGAUGCUGGCAUGAGUGCUGUGAAAGGUAAAGUGCAAUAAUAAAAGUUUAAUAUAAAGAUUAAAAUAUGAACAUAACAUGUUUUGAGCAGUACAGCUGUAAAUCUUUUUAGAACUUCAAUGUGUCUUUAUUAUAAAGUUUUACAAUCUUUUUUAAUUAAUUUAAACAAAUAAAAGUUUAUAUACAUGAUGUAACAUGAAUAUAAGGUAUAAAGAGUUGAUUGCACUUUUGACGUACGUCUGUAUUCUGAUUACAAUGGCGUCGUUCAUUUUAAGAUUCAUUAAAGAGUUCAUGACAUGUAAUCAUACAUUUUUAGUCGGCCAUUAAAACAAAUAAUGUUGUAAACGUAUAUGCACAAUUAAAUGCGUAUCAUUAAAUGACUUCACAUACCUUUUUUCCCAAUAUGUUUAUAUAUACAGGGUAUGCCUUAUUAACCAACGUAAACGGGGGCGUAAACACAAUUGGCCUUUCUCACGCCGCCAUUUUUCGGUGGCUUUUCAGCCGAAGUCUGUGAGAUAAGUCCACAUAACAGCGACUUUUUAUAAUUUUUUGGACGAAUGAUGGUAAAUUUGCUUUGUAAAUGGUUAGUUUAUUUUGAAAAAUUGCUUUUCACAUUGUUUUAAUUGUCUGCAUCGGUUAACGAGAAAUAGAUGCCACCCAAAAAUGGCGGAUAUUCGUCAUCGUGAUCGGGAAAGGCUAAUUUUGAAUCGAAUUUUAUGCUUGUACUUUGAUUAAAAUGUACUUUGAGCGUAUAAUUUAACACAAUAAAAACUCUGCUCUAUGGUCUGCAGUUGAACCAUUUUUGCUCGAGCUGACGGUGUGACUGAUUAGUAAUUUGACCAUUUUUUUGCAGUCACUCUCCUUUUAUAAUAUUAGAAGCUAUUUUAAAUUCUCAGGAGUAGAAAAUCUUGUACGUAACAAGAAUAGAGUUAUUUAUUUAAGUCUCGUUUUUCAAUACACCCUGUAUUUGACGCUUCCGUGGGUCCAACAUAAUGCUCAGGCAUUCAAAUUAUUACAAUAAGAAAGUUUCAAAAGGUAUACUUUUUUUCGGGACACCCUGUAGUGUAUGCAUGUUAAUGUGUUACUAUACGAAGUAUAUUUAUUUGUGGUGUUAACAUCUUCAUGUGUAGAUCAACCGUACCCUGCCGGAUCAACAAACAAUUAUGCUCCAGGGAGUGUAUCACCAAAUGCAAAAGAUGUAAGUACCGAAUGCCAUUCGUCAAUAGCUUUCAUUCGCCCAUAUAUAUACGUCUCACAAAGCUACAUGCAGUCAUAGCCAAACACACGGCAUCUGAAGGGCUAUUCACGAGUUUGCUAAGUUUGUCAGGUCAAUACAGUGAUAUAGGCGAAUACACGAGCUAUUGAAGAAUAGCAUUUAGAAAAGGUUAAAAAGCGUUCAAACACAUUUCUGUCAGCUGGGACCGGUUGUAUAAAAAAGUGAUUAAAGUUAACUAUGGUUAAGUGCAAACGUCAUCCAAUAAGAAGCGCCUAUUUGAGAGUUAAUCACUAUUUAACUACAAAAUAGUGAUUAAAAAAGUGAUUAAGAGUUUUAUACAACCGGCCCCAGCACGUUAAGUCUUGCGACAACACAAAAGAACCGUUUUAUGGGUAUUAAAAAUUAAAAGUUUCUUGAUGUUUCCAUGAUAGGAUGGUAAAAGUGGAAGAAACGAUAACCAUGUAUCACCUCCAACCAGUGAACCAGAGAAACCACCAACUGUGCCAUCUCGUCCUGAAAUUACCAAAUCAAAGGUACUGUACCUGAAGGUGUUAUUGGCCAACCUCGCAAGGCAAGCCAGGCUCUCUACUUCCGCUUCCCUCCCAAACACGCUCCAGCAGAGACGCUGGUCACGUGACAUCUUAACUCGCUUUGUCCCGUGGGAGGGUGGGCUGAAGUAUCUCUGCAGGGCUCGAAAUAACGUUCGCAAUGUUCCCGAUCAUGGUGAUCGGCAAUGAGGACUUUUUGCCGAUCAAAUAAAAAUCUGGCCGAUCAGGAGCAUUUACCCUCAUUUCCUUCAAAAAAUUCUAAAUAUGCCAGUGGGCAUUGAAUACGCAUUUGAAGUUUAACUUUAUUUCAAAUUGAAGUUUAAAUCUAUGACAUUUGUGGACUUAUACACUGCUAAUAGUGUAACUAUAUUUAACUAGUGCUUAAUAAACUUUAUUUUAUUAUAACACUUUUCAAGUUUUAAUUAUACCACUGCAUUUUUUCACACAAAAGCAAGAAACACAGCAGCAUUAACAAUUAAGAACUAAAACUUAUUAUUUUAUAUUAAAAGAGAAAAUCCUACUCAAAAAAUCCUAUCAAUUUGAAAUUAUUAUACAAAGAUACGUUCGUCGUCAGCGGUUCGGAUUGCAGACUGUACUGUUGAAAAGACGACAACAUUUCGUGUAAAUUUGUUUUAAUAAGAGUAAAUUAAUUACUUUAGAGCGAGAAUAGUAUUGCUGCCUUUCCUGUCGUAUGACUCGUAUCAACUAUACAAGAGCUUUUCGCGUGUUUUUAAAUGUGUUUUAUGUUUACUUUUAUUUGUCUUUUACCGUGUACAGGUAAGCAUGUCUUUCAGACAAUGCUCAAAUAUAUUUCUUGCCGAUCAAGGUGAACGGCAACGUUGAUUCUUCACCGAUCAAAAACAAUUUCCUGCCGAUCAUUGAUCGUUUAUCGGCCGUUAUUUCGAGCCCUGCUCUGUAUCUGUAAUUGCAAAGAUUGAGUUUCUAGGCGUGUUUAUUUUGAAUAUCAUCGUGCAUUGGAUUGAUCAAAAUGUAUGAUUUACUUCAGUUUAGACUUUUGUAUUGUAAAAUGUAUCUGAUAUAACCGGAAUAUAGUAUUACUAUAUAGCGAUAGAGCGAUAGACGGAUAUAAACAAGCUGCUUUAAUGACUGAUUCCAUUUUAAAACAAAUUCUAAAUUUACCGAUUUUAGUUUUAUCUGUUAUCAAACUAAAAACAGAAUUAAUGCAAUUCUUGGCAUAUAUCUCUACGGCUUGUUAGUACUUUUAGGAUGAAUUUUAACAGUCUUUAAAAUAUAAAUACAAAAUUUACGGUAAUAACAUUAAAUAAUCUUUUGUGUUGUUUUAGUAUAUUCCGAAUGAACCUGUAAAGCCAUCUGGUAAGCCAGAUGAAAAAGAAGGUACGUAAAAUCUCAGUUAUUAAAGUUUCGCUGUUUAUAUAUAUAAAAGUACAUUGUUGUUGUUGUUGUUCUAAUAUGACAUCUAGCUAGAAACAUGGUGUCAGGAUAGUGAGUUUAUCGUUGAGUUUAUAGCCUCAACGAGUUUCGUGAAUCAUUAAUAGGCCUGUAAAUACAUUCUUUAAUGUCUCGGUACAAUAAAAAACAAAAAGAAGCGUGGAUGGUUUAGCACAAGCCAAGAUUCAAACGGAUUGAAAUGGCGACAAGUAAUUUUCCUAUUCCAGCACCGAUGGACAUGAAUGGUGAGAAUUGCGACGCUGUUAUCGAUCAUGAAAAAAAAAGUGAUUUCAAGUUUGUAAACACGUCGAUAUGAGCGAAGCCGAGAGAAAGAAGAUUCAUCUGAUAUUACGAGCAUUGCAAAGGCAGUUCGAGCCGACUCGGAAUGUUAUUUAUGAACGGUUUAAGUUUAAUACAUGCGAACAGAGCCCGGGAGAGACUGUGGCACAAUAUAUAACGAAACUUCGACAACUGGCAUCAAUGUGUGAGUUUGGCGGUCUAGAGAGUGAGCUUAUUCGAGAUCGCCUGGUGUUAGGAACGAUAGACGCUAGUGCCAGAGCAAAAAUGCUCCGAGAACCCAAGUAAAAUCUGAAUAAAGCAAUAGAGAUGUGCAGAAACAGUGAAAUUACCAAGUCACAGCUGCAAAAUUUGGGCAACGAGAGAGAGUCGGUUAAUUAUACUCGCAAGAGCAAGAAAGACAAGCCUAGUUCGAAGCAUGCUGCAUCUGAAGACUGAAAAUGAAGAAUCUGGACAGAAAGCGCCUUUUCAGACCUGUAAAUAUUGUGGAGGAAAACACAAGCUGGGUCGAAACCAGUGCCCAGCAUACGGUGAAAUAUGCAACAGUUGCAAAAAGAUGAACCAUUUUGCCAAAGUUUGUCAGCAACCCAAGAGAUCUAGCAAAGUGAAUAUGAUGUCUGAUGAGCUAUCAUCAGAAUCUGAAGAGUCGGUAUACGGUGUCGAAAACACAGUUGGCACGGUGAAGUCGAGAGGUGAGAAGUGGUUUGCAACAUUAGAUCUGAGUACUAAUGGCCAAGCAUCACGUUCAGUAUCUUGCCGGAUGGAUUGUGGAUUCACAUGUAACCUAAUCAGCUAUACCGAGUAUUGCAAGAUUGCCCAAGACGGAGACCCCCAGCUGCAGAAAUCUAAUGCAAAAUGUCGCUUGUAUGAUGGGUCAGUGAUGAUACCGAUGGGAACUUGCCAACUACAUUGCAACCAAGAAGGAAACAACAAUUUGGUCUGUUUUCAAGUAGUUGAUGUUGAUCAGAAGUCUUUGUUAUCUGCUACAACAUGUGAAAAACGUGGGCUAUUAACUGUAAAUGUAAGCGAGAAGCAUGCGAAACUAAAGAUCAACUUUGCUGAAGUCCCAAAGAGCCCUGUCACCCACGACUACAUAACCGCAAACUAUGGAGAUGUGUUUACCAGAACUAGAACAAAGAAAAGUAAUUGCUAAAUUAACGAAAUCUACUGGAUCAAUGGCAUGGUCGCUGUGUGAAAGCCAACAGGGAAGCUGCGAAUCUGUAUUGACCCAAAAGACCUGAACCAGGCCUUGAAGCGCUCCCAUUAUCCCACCCCUACCAUUGAUGACAUAUUGCCACGUCUGAGGAGUGCCAAAGUGUUGUCAAUUCUGGAUGCGAAAGAUGGCUUUUGGCAAGUAAACCUUCAAGAAGAAAGCAGCUAUUUGACAACGUUUUGGACACUCUUUGGAAGAUAUCGCUGGUUACACAUGCCAUUUGGGAUAUCAACAGCACCGGAAGAGUUCCAAAGGCGACAGCAUGAAAUGUUUGAUGGCCUACGGGGCGUAGAAGUGAUCGCUGAUGACAUCCUUGUCUAUGGGUCGGGAGAUACACAAGAGCAAGCUGAAGUAGACCACGACAAAAAUUUGAUUGGUGUGUUGGAAAGAGCCCAACAAUACAACUUAAAGUUGAACAACAAGAAGCUGAAACUGCGUGUAACAGAAGUGCCUUAUAGGGGACAUCUACUGUACUCACGUCUAAUAAAGGGCGUCUCCCAGAUCCUCAGAAAGUCCAAGCUGUGGUUGACAUGCCUAAACCUGAUGGAGUGCCUGCAGUACAGCGGUUUUUGGGUUUCGUCAACUAUUUGGCUAAGUUUCUGCCGCAUAUUUCGGAUGUACGCGAACCACUCCGUCGUCUUACUGAUAAGGAUGCAGUUCGGUGUUGGAUGCCGAAACAUGAUGCAGCCACUGAAAGCAUUAAAUAGCUGGUAAUGAGUCAUCCUGUACUUCGGUAUUAUGAUGUGAAAGAAGAGAUAACCAUACAGUGUGAUACCAGCGAUGUUGGGUGCUGUCCUUCUCCAAAGUGGGCAACCGGUGGCUUUUGCUACAAGAUCCUUGACUUCCAUAGAAAGCUUACAGUAUAUGUUCAAAUCGAAAAAAGAAUGCUUGGCUAUCGUAUUCUCUUGCGAGUGUUUUGACCCUCGCGAUCCAUGAUCCAUGGGAGACUGAAAGUUAAUGUUAGAACUGAUCAUAAACCAUUGGAAAUCAUCUUUAAGAAGUCACUAUUGAGUGCGCCAUCGUCUACAACGGAUGUUACUAAGAUUGCAAAAGUACAAAGAAAUGUACAUCGCAGAUACUCUUUCCAGGGCGAGCACAGACACACUGGCUGAUCAGAUCUUCAACGUGAGCCAGCAACCCAGCAGCAAUUUGAAUCAGCAGACGGCGUUUGAAGAACGUUACAGACAGCAGACGUCGGCAGAUAAGCAGCAGACCAUGCAAGAUACAGCUCUCCAAAUAUUGAAGUCCACCAUCUUAUCAGGCUGGCCAGAUACGAAGAAAAAAAUUCCAGAGAUCAUUCAGGAGUAUUGGAGUUAUAGGGACGAAUUAACAGCUCAGAAUGGAGUUCCAUUUAAGGGUUCCAAGAUCAUCAUUCCCCAGUCUAUGCGCCAAGAAAUGUUGGUCCGUAUACACGCCAAUCAUCUUGGAGCAGAAUCAUGCCUACGGAAAGCGAAAGAUAUUCUAUACUGGCUGAACAUGAGCUGGGAAAUACGAGACAUGGUUGGACAGUGUAACCCUUGUAAUGAGUACCAGCAAUCCCAACGCAAAGAGCCAUUAAUGACACGCGAGAUUCCUGAACGUCCUUGGAGUCGAGUAGCUAUGGACAUCUUCACUCUGGAAGUCCAAGAUUACCUGAUUACCGUUGACUUCUAUUCAGACUUUUGGGAAGUUGACAUUUUACCAGAUAUGACAUCAGCAACCAUCAUACAGCUAAGUAAGGUGCACUUUAGUCGUUAUGGUGUAACCGACGUGGUAGUAAGUGAUAAUGGUGGUCAGUUUGGAAGUGACGAAUUUAGAAGUUUUGCCCGUAUCUGGGAGUUUGAACACACCACCACUUCACCGUAUCACAGCCAAACCAACGGGAAAGUCGAAUCGGCAGUGAAAAUCGCGAAGAAUGUUAUAAAGAAAGAAGCUAAGAGUACACAGCCAGAAAUAUCACAGGCCUGUCGCAAGCUGUUGAUUUUACCGGCUUGCGGCAAGUUGUCAACAAGUCGCGACAGGUCUGUUGGUUUCGUCAGGCGGUAACAGGCUUGCGGGAACAGGUCUGUCGCAAGCUGUUGUCAACAGAGCCGUAGCGACUUGUUGAAACAACCCGCUACAAGCCUGUUACUAACAAGAGAUAACAGGUCUGAUAGAACAACUUGCAGCAAGUCUGUUGAAAUCAACAGGUCUGUUCCAACUUGUUCCAACAGACGUGUCGCGAGUUGUUUUUGUCAAGUCUGCAGCAAGUUUGUUAUCAGAACUGCGACAGACCUGUCCACAACAAACAAUUUUUGUCCUGUCACAACAAGUUUCAACAAGCCUGUUGUUGGGAAACAAAUCGAAAAUGUGAGUAAAGAGAAAAAUCGCACGAAGUGGACACGUCCGGCUUCACUUUCUCAUUCAAGGCAAUAUUAAAUCACAUGCAGAGGAGAUGAGGCUAUGUGCACACGGUAACGUUUUCGAGCGUUUCCACGCUAAAACGGAUGCAAACACUAUCAAUUUACAACAGAAGCUGUAGUUUAUUUAAUAUAUUGGAGAUAUAUUUUCCUUUGGAUCGUGUGAACAGGGUGUCAAAACGAUUAAAGGAAAAAAAGGUUUUGAAAACGCUGGAAAACGACGCCCGUGUGAACUUAACCUAAGUAUCUACUCUGUGAUUAAAUGCAAAAGCCGCUGUUUUUAACUUUUUAUAUUUUUAAAAAAUAAUUCCGAUUUCCAAAAUCCAAAUUCCAAUUUGCUGACGUGUGCUAUCGUUAUAUUUCUUUAAUCUGAUUGGAUAAAGGCGUGUGCACACGUCAUCAUUCCUCGUUGCAAUUGGACGAAAUAUUACAAACAUAUCAAUCACGUAAUCAUGUUUAGUUGUUUUUGAAUUUUGAGCCAAACAAAAUUUCAACAACUGCCUCAAACAAAAUCAAACAAGUUCAAAGCUGUUUUGAUUUUUGAAGAAACUGUGGCAAUGAGAAUACAAGAUCUAGAGCUUAAGAAAUGAAAAAUACAUGAGCAACCGAGUGUUCACUGCAACGUUCUUCAUUGUUCAAAUGAAUAUGAAAUUCGUUAUAUACAAUGAUUUCUUUCCAAUUUCAAGUGAAAUCAGCGAGCGAGGAAGACGCCUUAUUGAAGCUUUGUGUUAUUUUAUGUACUAUUUUGAAGAAAAAUAUGCAAGUAGGUUGUCAUAUUUCGGUCGUACUUCAAGACCAAUUAAUUUUGAAAAUUGUUUACGAUAAGAACCUUUCUUGAAUUUGUCGUAUUUUUUCGGCUAUUUUGCUCAAAAAUUAUCUCGCAAGUUUGUUUAUAAGUGUUCAUAUGAAAGUCUGGCUAUUUCACGAAACACUACAACCGAAAUAUGGCAACCUGUUUGGCCGUUUUUUGUUCAAAAUAGUGAAUACACAAGCUUCAUAAGGUGCUUUCCUCGGUUUGCAACAGGUCUGUCGCAAGUUGUUGAAAACAGCAUUGCUGCAGCUCUGUCAACAACUUGCGACAGGCCUGUUGAAAACAGCAUUGCUGCAGCUCUGUCACAACAGCUUCUAACAGACCUGUUGAAAACAGCAUUGCUGCAGCUCUGUCACAACAGCUUCUAACAGAACCUGUUGACAGGCCGUUGUGGACCUGUCAGAACAGACAGGUACAAGGCGAGCGAACGCAUCCAGAUAUCGGCUUGUUGACAACAGGAUUUAACAGAUCUGUUGCAGAUCUGUUCCGACUUGCGCGUUUCUGGCUGUGUAGUGGAUAUGAUGUCUGGAAAGCGAUCCAUGAUUGGCGGAACACCCCUACAGAGAACAUGGAUAGUUGCCUUGUACAACGUUUGAUGACCCGGUGAACUCGAACACUUUUACCAACAGCAAAUCGACUGCUGGAACCUCAGGUUGUUGAGGGGAUCAAAAUGAAGCGCCAGAAAGCAAAAUACUCCUAUGACAGGGGGUCAAGAGAAGUGGUAGAAUUGGUGAUCGGACAACCAGUGAGUGAGAGUAAAACCAUCGUCAUCCCAAAGAGGCAAGAGAUGGAAAUUGGGCACAUGUCUGCAACAAGUGGCUCCCCGUUCCUACAUUGUUGAUGUUGAUGAGCGUAAGCACCGGCGAAAUAGAAAAUUGCUCCGGAAGCAAGAACCUGACACUGAUACAGAUACUGAACCAGAUCACCCACCGGAUGUCCAGAUAGACCCAAGCGCAUCAGAGACAUCCGAAGAGCCGACAAUUACAGUAGACCAAUAACCCUUCAGCCACCAGUCAGAACCCAGGAAGAAAAUGCACCAACACAUCAAGAGGAGACAACUCCAAAUACACCAGGGAUAGUUGAGCCAAGGCGACAAACCAGAACUCGGUUUAUCAAGCAACCAGAACCAUUUAGAGACUAUGUUAUGUAAGUUUAUUUGAUCUUCUGAGUAGCGAGUUGUUCAAAGACGUUCAGCAAACAUUUGCUAUAAAAGAAAACCCUUGACCUGUGGGACAAAAAUUAAUAAUGAAUAAAUUAACCUUGUACAGUAUAAAUUAGCAUGUUGUUAUUCUAAUAUGGCGUCUGGCUAGAAACACUCCGAUCAUGCAUGCAGCAUGUACAGUAAUUGUCUCAUGCCGUCUUUAGGUCAGAACGAUAAAAACGCUCAAGCAAAGCAGAAGAAAAAGAAAAUGACAGAUGAAGAAAUUCUUUCUCGACUAAGUAAGAAUAUAUUUUAUAAGACUCACGAGUUCUAUCCAUAAAACCAUUAUAACAGUGUGAAAUUAAGUCUAUGAUUCAGAUAUUACAUUUACGUUGUUUGUUACCAGGAACAAUCGUCACAGUACGAGAUCCUAAAAAGAAGUACACAAAGUUUGUAAAAAUUGGUCAGGGGUAAGUAUGUACGGUAAUUCGCUUCUUCAUUAUGGGAAUUGAGUGUUAAUACUACUGUAUUGAAGUAGUCUGUUGUAUAUAGAAUUAGAAGGUUUAUUUACUUAUAAAAACCUAAAAGUGAGGACUAUAUGACGAUUGGAAUGAUCUUUUAAGAUGCAAGUUUGAAAUUGUUUAAUCUUAACCUUAUUAUUAGUUUUAUUGGACAUUAUAAUAUUACUUUUUAGAGCAUCGGGAACGGUUUACACCGCCAUAGACGUAGCUACCGGACACGAGGUACGAGAUAAUUUAUUAAUUUUCCCUGCUGAAUCAGGUCUUGUGAAGCCAUGUUGAGAAUCGCAAUUUCUAAUUGGAUUUACCUAUAUAUGACGAUGGAUUCUGGAGAAAAUAAUAUCAUUCAUAUUUUAGGUCGCUAUCAAACAAAUGAAUUUAUCACAACAACCGAAAAAGGUAACCUUAAUACCAAAAUUGGUAUUUGUCAAGAAUUACAGUAUGUAUUUCCUAUAUGAUGCUGAUGUGUCAACUAUUAUUUUUCAGGAACUUAUUAUCAAUGAAAUUCUUGUGAUGCGAGAAAACAAACAUGCGAAUAUUGUGAACUAUGUGGACAGUUACCUCGUGGGGGAAGAACUUUGGGUAGGAUACCAGUUGAAUUUAUUUUUAGUGCAAAGGUCAUGGGGCCUUUGCAGUGUUGUAAUGAAGUGCAAGUUGUGUUACCUUGCAGCAGAAUAGAAUUGUCUUCAACAGUGUGUUCAACAGCAUUACAAAACACGCCCAAAGCAUACUUUCUUCCCCGACAAAAUUAAGUGUUUUAUUAUAUAGCAAGUGUCAAAGUCUCAAUAAUUCACCUGGUAUUCACUAUCGGCAGACAGGCUGAAACUUUUGAAAAAAACUUUGCUUUGAACUUGCUGGUUGACGCGAGCAGGUUGCGUCUCACUUCCGGUUUUAUUAUUGACUGGUCAAUAAUUGUUGACCGGUUGCCCCCUCAUGAGCAUGCAGUGAACAUGACGUUUUGUAGACCGGCACGUGAUACGGUUUUGACCAAUGAAUCGGCAAACGCAGGAAAAUUGAAGUUUAUUGAACUUUGACACUUGCUAUAUAAUAAUAAAUGUUAUUCACACAAACUUUACAUGUCCGCGUAUGUAACCCGCCCCGAGAAUAAACUUAAUUGCCUAUAUAAGCUAUGUGUAUAUAUAUAUAUAUAUAUAUAUAUAUAUAAAUAUAUAUAUAUAAAUAAAUAUAUAUAAUGAUCCCAGGGCUUAUAUUUGUGGGUUCACUGUAUUGCUCAUCCUUACCUGUACAUGUGCAUGCAUGCAUGAUAACUUAUAACUGUGAAAAUAUUAAGUUUGUUCGUUCACUGCAACCAGGUCAAAGACUUUGCCUAGAAGCGUGGCAUAUAAAUAUGAGUCAUCAUGCUUUGAAUAGGGAUGACGGCGCCUAUUUGCCAGAAGAAUAUAUGCAUCUUCUUGGCAGGUGACGUCAUCCCUUGGGUAUUUAAGAAGCCACGAUCGCAGUUUCAGAUCACCCCUGAUGAAGACACUAGACUGGAGUGUCGAAACGUUGGGUCUUGAUUACAAUUCGACUGGGCUUUGUAAUCAUUUAUUUAAACCAGAGUAGCGAGCGAAACAUGUGUGAAAAUAUUGUUUGUAGGUUGUAAUGGACUAUCUUGCUGGUGGUUCACUUACAGAUGUUGUAACAGAAACAUGUAUGGACGAAGGACAAAUUGCUGCCGUAUGUAGAGAGGUAUGAAUACGUUCGUUCAAACCAUCAUAUAAUGUUUUAGGUAUACGCCUUGCAAAACUUGUGUGAAUAAAUAAACCACCUACUGAUGCUUCCUAAACUGGAACGAUUGAAACUAUACUGUAGAUCUACGAGUUAUCCAAAAUUUUAUUUGGUAUACAGUACCAUGAUGCGAAUACACCAAAGGUUCUCUCCAUGCUGUUGUAAUCUUCAGAAUCACCCUAAAUAUUUAGAAGUGUCCGAAGUUAUUAUUUAUCGUUGUUUUGUCUUGAAAUAUUAGACGUAUAUACAGUAUUGUCUAUAAUCACAUAUAUAUUCCACCACUGCUAUUAAUUUUCUCUAGUCAUCAUUUUAUUCAUGUGGUAAUUGUUUAUUUGUUUUCUCAUCUUCAAGGUUCUACAAGCAUUAGAAUUUCUCCACAGUAAUGGCGUUAUACACAGAGAUAUAAAAAGUGAUAAUAUUUUACUGGGAAUGGAUGGUAACGUUAAACUAAGUAAGUUUUGUAUAAAAUUGUUUUUAAUUAUUGUCGCAUAAGAGUUUUUACUUAAAUAUAAAAAAACACACUAUUACAGUAGCAGUACGUGGGUGCGUAUACUCUGUCUGUACUGUAUGUAAUGAGCGAGAACCUCAUCUUAAACAAAUUGAAUUUUAAUAAGUCUUUAAAUUCUUUGCAAAUAAUUCUGUGAAGUUUGUAUCUACA